AUGGUGGCAGCUUAUUUGGCUCUGUUGCUUUCAAGCCUUUCAUUAACUGCAUAUGGAGAAAAUGUUUAUACUCCACCAGUUAUUGGAUCCAGUAAAGUAUUCACUUUAACAUGCAGUAUUGGUCUCUAUUGCUCAUCAACCUGUCCUAAUAACUUGACUAUUGAUUGGUUAUUGAAAGGAGAGCCACUUGGUGCAAUGAAUUUGUUUUUGAUAUCUAAUCAGUCAUCAUACCCUUUUGUUAAUUCCAGCAUUGUGUCAAAUGUCAUUUCUAGCAAUGGAACAGUCAGUGUAGCUCAUGCUGGUAAUUACUCUUGUAUUGUUUCUUUUGAUUCUGGACCUAGUAGCAUGUUGACACUUGUUGUGGCAGUAAGAGUGCCGGCUCCUGUUGUUGUGGUAACUAAUGCAACUACUUCUUUCAAUAACGAGUCUUCUUUGCAUUGUACAGCAAGUAUUGCUCCUGAUAUUCCUGUGUUAUAUUCAUACUCGUGGUUGCCUCUAAAUAGUUAUGAAAACAUGCUUACUAUUGUUACAAAUACUUCAAGUGUUGGUCAGUAUACAUGCAAUGUGACUGCUUCUUAUAAUGGAACUGAUACUGAGUCUACAUAUGUUCUUGACUCUGUUUCAGUUUCUUCAGUUGGAUACUUAUUUCUUACUGUUACAGGUAAUAUUGUUGUUAAUGUGGACACUACUUCAAGUGCUGUUGCUGGAAAUCAUUUUGAGUUUACCUGUACUGCAAUGCCUCCACCUGGUCUUACCACUACAGACUUAACGUUCAAUUGGUUUCAUCCUAAUGGUAGUGCAAUGUCUGUAUUUUUCUUGAAUUCGGUGACUCUUAGUGAUGCUGGUACAUAUUCAUGUAAUACCAGUGCCAGCCAUUCAAGCCCUUAUGUUUUGGUACAAGUUCCACCUAGUUCUGCAUUAUCCAUACUUACAGUUACAAUUCCAACUCCUAUUGUAACAGCUUAUGGUAACAUUGCCACUGCUGGAAUAUCUACUAAUAUAUCAUGUGUUGUCAGUCUUCCUAACUUUAACAGCUACAGUACUGACACAGUUAUUGAGUAUUCAUACUUAUCAGCAAACUCAAAUGCAACUGCUCCUGUGAAAAAAUCUAGCCACACAUUUAAUUUCUUUAUCAACCCUUUUACAAGCUAUGCUGGUAUCUAUAUCUGUACUGCUAGGAUCUUAUACCAAGGAGAAGCAUCUCCAGUCAUUAACAGCACUGUCAAUACCAGCGCAGCAAUACUUUAUGUCCAAAUUCCACAGCUAUCAAUUUCAUUGCCUUCAAUAAUAACAGUAACAGGAAGCUCAGCCGAAUUUCACUGUGCUUUUGAAAUACCAUACUUUGUUGAUAGUAUCACAGGUCUUUCAGUUAAUCAUCAGUUAUCUCCAUCAACGGGUACCCAUUUUGCUGGGCUGCAGCUUUUUAAUGAUAUUGUAACUCUUCGUUUCAUUAUUGAUGAUGUGAUAGAUUCUUAUGGAGGAGGAUAUGCAUGUAUUGCACAAUUAAGUCAUUACAGUCCCUAUAUACUGACUUCACCACCAGGGAUUGGGGUUGGUGUUCUUUAUGUUACAAAUAUAAGUAUUUUAUCAUCAACACAAACUUUAUUGGAUUUUACUGCACCUUAUGAUAGACUCAUAGUUAACUGUUCAGUUGCUAUUACUCCUACCCCUACUACAUACAAUGUAUCAUUUUCAUGGCCUAUUCUUAGCUCCGAAAACUUUACUAGUGUCAUUGUAACUAAUAAUGAUAAUGUGAGUAUGAUGACUUUAACUGGUUUGGGAAAAGGAAAUUAUCAAUUGCAUUGCAUUGCUAAUAUUACUGUCAAUGGAAGCAUCAAUACAGUUGGAAUGUCUGGUUCAAUCAACAUCACUGUAAAAGGUGAAUCCUUACCAGUUAGACCUGUAAUUAACAACAUAAUUGUACAAUUAAACACCGUGACAAUAUUCUGGAAUAUUCCUGAAGUUACCUAUUCACUGGAAAAUUACACUGUUUUAUAUGGGUUCUCACCUGAUAACCUGACAAUGAGUAGUAGUACCAUUGGCACAAGUAGUGAUUACUUUCUUACAGCAAAUAACAUUCCAUACAAUGUUACAAUUGGUGGAUUAGUUUUAAGUCAAGAGUACUAUUUUCAAAUUGUGUCAGAAAAUACUGUUGGAAUAAACUAUAGUGAAAUUGGUAAUUUCUCAGUGCUUUUCAAUGGAUUAACAAGUGUAUUAGGAUCUUCUGAGUAUACACAAACGAUGUUUGUUACACCAUCUCAGAGCAUGCCGAUUUCAAUAAUUAAUGAGUCAUUAGCAGUUCAGUCCCAACUUCCAAUAAUUAAAUCUACUUCAUUUUUUAAUGUUGAUAGUUCUAGCAUGCCUACAGAUCAAUCAUCAACUUCUGUGUUUUCAUUCUCUGUGAUAAGUGAAUCAUUAAAUAUUGUUUCAGAUUCUGUAGUGACUAAAUUUAGCACAACAGCCACAACUAAUUCAAAACUUCUAACAAUGACACCUGCUCCUACUGUUCCAGUGUCAGUACAAUCAGAUUCUUUUAAUGGAAAACUGGAUGUUUUAUUAAAUGAUAGUGCAAUCAUUAGCUUUACUAUCACUGGUGGAUUUCCACUAAUAGAACCCCGUCAAAUCAAUUGGUCUUUUAUGGGACACAGAAAUGACACAUUCAUUCCUAUUAAAGCAAAUGCACUUUCUGAAGAUAGAUUAUCAUUAUUGAUAGAAAGGGUUGAACUAGAAAACAGUGGAAUUUAUAAGAUAUCAGUCACUAAUGAAGCUGGUACUGUAGAAUCCACUACACUGCUUCAUGUCAUUGUGAAAGCUAAAUUGUUAGAAAUUGUUCAUGAUGGCAGUCUAAUUGUCAAAGGGAAAGGAGAAUUUAUAUCUUUUAACUGUACGGCUGAUGGUAUUUCAGUACCUUUGAUUACAUGGAGAAGAAAUGGGCAAUUGAUCACUAGUAAUGCAAGAAGAAAGAUGCAAUCAUCAGGAAUAUCUGAAGGAUUUCGCUCAAGUAUCAUUCCUGGGGUGAUGCAGAUUACAAGCACACUCACUAUUACUGAUCUUAAUGAGAAUGACAAUGGUAAUUAUUCCUGCCGUGCAGAUAAUGAAGCACAAAUUGGAGAUACUUCAGCUUUACCAUACAGUUUACAAGUUAUUGAAGCUUUGCCAGUUGAUUACUGCAGUAGUUCACCUUGUCAAUAUCAUAAACAGUGUUAUAGUCUCUCUGAUUUCUAUUACUGUAAAUGCUUGGAAGGAUAUACUGGAAGGAACUGUGAUCAAGAAGUUAUAGUUUUUAUUCCACCUCAAAUAAAACAAGUGCUUAAGAUCACUUCUGGUAAAUUAUACACUUUAGCCAGGCUAAUUUGUGAGGCAAUUGGAUCACCUAACCCAUCUGUACAGUGGUACAAGGACAAUAGAUCAGUGAUUAACAACAAUUCUGACCCUUCACUUCUAAGUAUUAAUGAAUUGGAUCUUAAUGACAGAGGAUUCUAUCAUUGUGAAGCGACUAGUGUCAUUAAUGGCAUCAAAAACUCUGUCAAUUCUUCAAUGGUUUUGCUUAAUAUAACUGAUAUUUUACAAUAUAAGAUAAUCAUUCAAUUUUCAAGCAUCCAGAAUGAACCAACCAGCAAAAUUCACUUCAUUGAGAAUGCUAAUUAUUAUCUUGCCGGAAGUAAUACUUCAAUUUCAUUUUUUAUACUUAUUGUUGCUUUAAGCCCUUAUAAUUACGUGAAUGAAUCAAUGGAAAUUAUUGUGACGUUACUUACGGAAAUUACUCAAGACACUGAAAAGCAUAUGGCAGAAAUUAAUCACUACAUGUCUUUAUGGAAUGCUCAUAUAUACAACAACAUAUCUGUCAAUAGAGUAGAAAGAUUUGAUGGUUGUCCCUCUACAGUAACAAUUAUACCAUCUAUAUCCGGUGACAAAAACCUUGAUAUAACUAUUAUUUGGCCAGAAACUAAUAUUGGAAUAAAUGCUGUAAUGGACUGUCCUUGUGGCAGUAAUAAUUCUUCCAUUGGAGGACAUGAAAUUCAAGCUAGUCGAUACUGUGGUGGUGACUUUACAUAUGGAGGUGUUUGGAAUGAACCUAAUGUGACACAGUGUAAUUUUAGUGAUUUGACUAGAAGUAUUUGUAAUCUUUUAAGUCUUCCUAGUGAAGAGAGGGUGGAAGAUUUAAAAGUUGCAACUAGUAAUAUCAGUAAACUAAACACUAAUGAAGUCACUGCUAGUGCUAUUGUAUUGGUGUCUACUACAAACACUGUAUCAGGAAACCUUUCAUUGUCUGUUUUGUUUUUGGACGUUGUUGAUAGUCUAUCGCUUGUUGACAGAGGCACAUUGGAGGAAAGCCAAAUAAUUUUUAACUCAACUGGAAAGAUCUUGGAAGCAUUGGAAGUAGUUGUUCAAACGCUUCCCAUUACUAAUAUAUCAGAGCCAAUAAGUAUAGCACAAAGGACAUUUGCUGUAUCUGUUCAGCAAAUCGGCAUUGAUGAGCUUAAAAUGUAUGGUCAAAAUUUUAGUGUAACUCAGAGAAAUUCUUCAGAAUUAUUUUUCACUGAAACUAAAUAUCAGUCAUCUGUUGGCUCUAUUUAUCUACCUGAGAGCUUAUUUGACCUUGUUGCCUAUAAUAAUGCUACAUUGAGAAUUGCAAAUGCUGCAUUUUUGUCCGAUUCAUUAUUUAUAAGACGUCAAACAAAUAGUCUUGAAGUAACUAGCAUCAUUAUAUCAACAACUGUUAUUGGAAUUGGUGUUGUACAGAGACUAACAUAUCCGGUUCAAUUGGAUUUUCAAGUAUUUUCAAACAAUAAUGGAUCUCCACUUCAGUGUCAAUUUUGGAAUCAAUCGUUAGAUGAUGGGUAUGGAGAAUGGUCAAAGGAAGGCUGUACUACAACAGUUAACGAUGAGACUGUAACCUGCAAGUGUAAUCAUUUAACAAAUUUUGCGAUAUUGCUGGAUGCAUCACCAAGUAUUGAGCCAACAACUAGAACGGAUCUAUCACUUUCCUUGGAUUCUUUUUCUUACAUAGGAAUAGUAGUCUCUUUGCUUUGCCUUAUCAUCACUGUCAUCUCUUAUGCAACAAAUAAGAAACUAAGGGCUUCCAAUCAUGGCCAAUUACUCAUUGGUUUGUGCUGUGCUUUGAUGGGUCUCUACACUACAUUCCUUAUUGCACAGCAUAGUAGCCGUACCUUCAUUGUGUGUGUAAUUGUUGCAGCAAUGCUGCAGUAUUUCUUUCUUGUAGCCUUCAUGCUCAUGGCUUCAGAGGCUGUAAACUUGUACUUCAACCUUGUUGUUAUUUUGGGUAAAAAGAUUGCUCACUUUACACUGAAAGCAAUGAUUGUGUCAUGGAUUGUGCCAAUUUUCAUUGUCGUUUUCUCCUUUGCUCCAAAUUAUGGCAACUACUACAGCAAUCACUUUUGUUGUGCCUUUGGAUUCUUAUUUUACAUUGGAAUGAUUGCUCCUUUUUUAAUAAUUUACACAUUUAACUGGAUAGUGUUUCUAGUAAUUGUAUGCUCUUUCGUUUAUCGCAAAGUAUCAACUACUUCAAAGAAUUCAAAGCAGCAGAAAAUGUCUAAGUUUUUUAAAAUACAGUUUGGAAUAUCUAUUGUACUGCUUUUAUUAUUUGGUCUAGGCUGGGGCAUAGGCCUUCUAGCCACUCAGGAUAUCCACAGCAGUCAAGAAAUACAUGACAUGAUUGCUGGUCUUUUUAUUUUCAUCACAGCUUUCCAUGGUUUCUUUAUUUUUGUCAUGCAAUGUAUUCGAUCAAAAGAAGUUCGUAGCUCUUGGAGGUAUUGGAUUCUUCGCCUAUGUAAAAGAAGUAACAGUCACAACUUGCACACGUAUAAGAAUGAUACUACGAGUAGAUCCACUAUAAAAAUUAAUACACUGAUGUCUAGAUCUGGUCACCUUUCAGUAGAUAAAAAGAAGCCAGAACAGAACAAAAAAGCUGAAUUAUCAGUGGACAUUCCAGUUGAAGUGAAAGUGCAUGUGGAGGAUGAUGAACAAAAAGAAAAAACAACUGUUUUGUGA